GAACUCUGAGCACCAAGCAACCAAUCUGCGAUGCACACCACAGAGGAAGUAUACUCUUAACUUAGGGGAACGCCCCUUUACACUUCCGUUCCAGUGCAACGGCGCCUAGUUGAACUCCUUGCUGCUAUUUAACAAGUUUACAUUUUUUACGUUGGCUGCUUGAAUAGUUAAAAUGAUAGAUGUUAUUCGUAUAAGUAUGCUGUCUUCAUUUCUAGUGAUUCUAUUCUUUGUAAAUAUUAAAACUGCCGUUAGCUCAUGUACUGCUUUACAAUUUGAUGUUGACGGACGAUGUUGCCCCAUGUGCAGUCCAGGCUCUUCUGUAUUCAGGGCAUGCACACAGGACAGCAGUACAAGCUGCUUACCGUGUACACACGGCACCUAUACUGAAGAACCCAAUGGAUUACUUAAAUGCUUUCCCUGCAAAAACUGCGAUCAAGCUUCAGGCCUCAUUGUUCUUCAUAAAUGUCAACUUCAAAAAAACACCAUUUGUGGUCCUUUGAAUGGAUAUUUCUGUUCUGGAAAAGCAAGGGAUGGUGGCUGUGAUCAGGGUCAAAAACAUACGGUCUGUAGAGCUGGAGAGAGAGUCAAGUCACAGGGGACUGCUGAAUCUGAUACAAGAUGUGAAGACUGCCCCGAAGGAACAUUCUCAACAAAAAACAUGUCAUUAAACUGCAUCCCAUGGACAGAUUGUGAAUUAAAUGACAAAGUGAAGUAUACAGAGGGGAGUUCAACAGCAGAUGUGCAGUGUCAGGAGAAGACGCCCGUUGGUUUAAUAGUUGGAUUAACAGUUGGAUUAAUAGUUGGAUUAUGUAUUGGCCUCAGUGUCGUCAUCUAUUUGAAGAAUAAAGGUACAUUUCUAAAUAAGCAUUGCUUUGAAACACAAGCUUUACCAAUAGAAGAAACAAACCCCCCAGCACAGAAUGAGCAAUCAAAUAAUGCAAACCACAGGUCAGAAGACAGUUCUGACCCACUGUUGUCUGUUUCCACCUCUGAUGGUGCAGUGGCUUUUGUAAGAGGGCAGACGUGACCCAGAGAACAGCAUGGGGUUGACUCUUAGGGAAGUAGGAUGUCUGUCAUCUCUAACACCUGCCUCUCCGGGCUGUGCCAGUGAAUCAGAAAGAACAACACAAGUACGGUCAGAGUCUAUCUGAUCACACAGUAACCCCCUAGGUACUUCCUGGGAAACUGUGCCAAGAAGGGGAGGCUUUAAAUGGAAGUACAUUUUUAUAACAAUAGAAAUUACUGAUGUUCAGUAUUAAAUAUAUAUGUUUUAAUAAUCUUAAGAAAAAACGUUACUGUGUUUUGUGUGAUUUCAAGUACUGGUGUUAUUUGUAUGUAAAUAUUUGUAUGAAAUAAAGAACCACAUUUUAUCUAAA